AACAAGUAGAGCUCUAUUAUUUUGACAUUAAUGACAUAAGGAUUAUUUACAUUGUUCUUUUAUUAUUUAAUUGCGUUCAGAGAAUGCAGCUGACUGCAAAUGAAACCCUUUAUCUUGUCUGAACCUACCCGAUUUCUUUAAAAUCAAGUGCCAGCAAUUUGUGUAAAUUUUAAAUUAAAAUUAUUAUGUUGCAAUUAGAAUCUCUAAACAAGUAUGAAUUAUCACAAUUAUAUUAAGUUAAUCAUUGUUGAUGUUUUGUGACAUUGGCAUUGACCUUAACAUUUUGAACUUGUCACAAAGUAAUCUACAAUAUACGGAUUAACAAUUUGAAUUUAUUUUUUAAAUUCUAUUUUAUGUAUGCAUGUGUGUUUACUGUUCAUAUAAGUGUAAAUAUGCAGUUUAUUUUGAAACGUCUACCUGUCAAUAUGAAGUCUUCCAUUUGCUUUGUUUUUCUUUUAACUGUUUUUGUCGGUUUAUCAUUUGGUGCUGUUUCCAUACAACAAUUUAAGGAUCCCAAACACCCAGGUAAAUGUACGAUCAAUACGAAUUUAGUUCUCUCUCCUGGUGAAACGAUAAAGUACCCUGCUGAUGAUUGUGGUCAAUUUAUUUGUGGAAGUGACAGCUUUGCUGAAUACCAAACAUGCGUGAGUGAGUAUUAUGAAGGAUGUGUUCAAGGAGACUAUUUGGAUAUAAGCCUUCCAUACCCAGAUUGUUGUAAAAGAAAAUUGUCUUGUAAAUGAAGUGAAAAGUAAAUUGUUUUUAUAAAUUGAACCUAAUUAUAAAUAGUUAAUAGAAAAAAUAUACGUAUUUAAUAAUUA